AUGCAGUAUGCGUUGAAGAACAAGUUGCUGAGGGGUGUGGGCGAACUAAGCUCAGAGGGCGACAAGGGUACGGGAAAUUAUCAAAUUAACGUAGACACAAAUUGCAUAUAUGGCAAAUCAAAACGUGGAAUGGUGGAGUAUGGCUAUGUGCUAGUUAAAAAGGUAAGGAAAACAAAAGGGCCAACCUAUCACCAUGACAAAAGCUUGGCGUACAUGACAUACGUUUCCGGCAUCAAACAAUGUACGCUACUAUAA